GCUUGCUGAGCUGAGAGGCCAUGGCAGGCCCACUGGCCACACUUCUGCUGUACACGGCGCUGAUGGUGACACUCCCGCUGGGUGCCUUCUUUGGAGCCCAGUGGGCGCUGGCUGAGCUGUGGCAUGCAUCGGCUACGGCCUGCUCUGUGGGGGCCACCGUGGCCAGUGUGCUCUGUGUCCACCUGGUCCUCGGCCUGUUUGUCUACGAGGCUUACCACGAGGCCACCCCUGCCUCGGAUGAGAAGAUAGACUGAGAGUGGGCUCCUGUGCAGUUUU